AUGAAGAUCAAAGCAGUUUCGUUUCUUCUUCUUUUAACGUUGUUCUCACUGUGUUUAGCAGAAGAUUUGAAAGUUGCAGUCCAAGGAGUGACGUCCAUAGGCACAACCGAUGAUAAUUUUGUGUGUGCAACUCUAGACUGGUGGCCUGUCAACAAGUGCGAUUAUGAUCAGUGCCCAUGGGGAAAGGCUGGCAUUCUCAAUCUGGAUUUGAAAAACAAAAUCCUUUCAAACGCUAUAAAGGCAUUUAAUUCUCUGAGAAUCAGAGUUGGAGGUUCAUUACAAGACCAGGUUUUGUACAAAGUUGGGAACUCCAUUAAAAAGUGUCCUCAUUUCAAGCUACGAAAAGAUGGUUUAUUUGGGUUCAGCCAUGGCUGCCUCUUUAUGGAUAGAUGGAAUGAGCUCAAUCAAUUAUUUAAACAAACAGGAGCUGUAGUGACAUUUGCACUGAAUGCUCUCAUUGGAAGGCACAAAUCUAAAACUGACAAAGUUCUUUGGGAGGGUGAUUGGCACUCAGAAAAUGCUCGCGAUCUCAUGAAGUAUACCAUCACAAAAGGAUAUAAUAUUGAGUCUUAUGAACUCGGAAACGAGCUAUGCGGAUCCGGGGUGAGUGCAAGGGUAGCAGCUGAGCAGUAUGCUAAAGACAUAGUGGUAUUGAAAAAUCUAGUGAAAGAAUUGUACCCAAAUGCCACAACUCAGCCCAAAGUAUUGGGGCCAGCUGGUUUCUAUGACAAGAAAUGGUUUCAAAUCUUCCUUGAGCAAUCAGGACAAGACGUUGUCGAUGGACUAACCCACCAUAUCUACAAUCUUGGAGCAGGAAACGAUCCGGCCCUAAUUACGAGGAUUCAGGAUCCAUUCUACCUGAACCAGAUUGCUCAGACUUACAAAGACAUGGAAAUGACUGUGAAAGAGUUUGGACCAUGGUCAGGAGCUUGGGUUGGAGAAGCAGGUGGAGCUUACAACAGUGGUGGCAAAACUGUUUCUCAUACCUUUGUUAAUGGAUUCUGGUAUCUGGACCAACUUGGCAUGACGUCAACCUUCAAUCAUAAGGUUUUCUGUAGACAAGCUUUGAUUGGUGGAAACUAUGCUCUCCUCAACACUACAACGUUCAUCCCUAAUCCAGAUUAUUAUGGGGCACUUCUGUGGCAUCGGCUGAUGGGAAAAAAUGUACUCUCAGUUAAACACAGUGGCUCCCCUUAUCUGCGUGUGUAUUCUCAUUGUGCAAGGGACAAGCCGGGCAUUUCAAUGCUGUUGAUCAACAUGUCAAAUAAAACAUCGUUUGAUGUGUCGGUUAUAAAUGAUGAAAAUUUAUAUGGUGAGUUUGUUGCAAAGGAAGAUGGUGGAAAAAUGAGAGAAGAGUACCAUUUGACACCGAAAGAUGGAAAUAUUCAGAGUGAUGAGAUACUGUUAAAUGGUACUCCACUGAAGCUCACUAACUCUUCAGAUAUCCCUCCAAUGAAUCCAAAGCUUUUCAAUCCUUCUUCUCCGAUAUCUGUUGCCGCUGAUUCAAUUGUUUUUGUAACUCUCAGAGACUUCGACGCACCUGCCUGUGCUUAG